AUGACGCCCACCGAAAAACCAGCAAGGGCCGUGGAACUACCACCAUUCACGGUCCAUGACGAAGGCGACACAGCCUUGACAUUCUCUGAUGAAUAUACCCAACUCGGGUUGGCCAGGGAAUUCGAUAGCAUGAAUCAUACAACCCGAGACUAUUUUCCGAGUCUUCAGCAAGAUGCAGGAGAGUCCCAGGAUCAAAGCCUCUUGUCUUGGCAGCCACAAGACUUGGUCGAUGCGACUGCCGGCGCUUCUACGACAGCCUCGGCUGGGAAUUUGAUCCAGCCUACCGAGCAACCCUGGCAAGCAUCGCUAUCAUCCUGGCCGCUGCAUGAUCUGAGCCAGAACGGCUGGCAGCAUCCCUACCAGACUGGUCUGGGCGAGGUAUUAUCACCAACGUGGGAAUUAAGCCAAGGCACCGCCAGAGCACUCCAGCAUUCGCCCGUCGUCCAGACUCAGCCACAUAGCCUCCCGCGACGAAGAAGCCGGUACCUCUGCAGUCCGGCCCUGCCAACCAUUCCAAGGCCUAUAGAGACUCCAGGCCCCAACAUGUUGGCGGAGGGUGCAAUGGACCCGAUACAGCGCUGGCGGAAUUCGCCCCCAGAGACCGAGCCAGCCUCGUUAUUCGCCAUUGCAGACGCUUUGAGGAAUACCCCGCUUCGGGGUCAAGCAUCCUCCAGUAGCCUCAAUUCCCGCCGUUCCGACGUUCGAGCGGGCUCGACAGUCAGCUUUGCCAGCGGUUCAAGCUUAUCCUCGGGCUCUGCUUCUGCCAGCUCUGUGGCGCGUCGCUCCCGCGUGUCGAAACGAACACGGCCGACUGCAGCCAAGGGCAAGACGGCAGAGAAGAAGAGAUUUCCCUGUACAUUCUGCUGUGAUUCGUUCAAAAGCAAGUUUGACUGGGCCCGGCACGAGCGGUCUUUACAUCUCAAUAUCGAGGGGUGGCGAUGCGCACCAUUCGGCAGCGUCGAGAUAUCGGCUAUCACAGGGAGAAGCAGUUGUGCCUACUGUGGUCUCGCUGAUCCUACGCCGACUCACCUUGAAGAUCAUGGCAUCAAUCUGUGCACAAAAGGCCAGAUUUAUGCGCGGAAGGAUCAUCUAGUUCAGCACCUAGGAUGUAUCCACCACGUGAAGGACCCUCCGUCGAUAGACUCAUGGAAGGUUGAGGGACCGCCAGUAAUAUCGAGGUGCGGCUUCUGUGAUCUUCGUAUGGAAACAUGGCAAGAGCGUAUAGACCAUCUAGUAUCGCAUUUCCGAAAGGGGAAGACGAUGGAUGACUGGAAGGGAGGGCAUGACUUUGAGCCUAAGAUCGCAGCCCGGGUCACCAACGCAAUACCCCCCUAUUUAAUUGCGUCCGAGUCAAAGACAUACGCCCCAUUCUCAGCGAAGACUCCCAACCUGACACAUGCAGAGCAUUUGAAACAGAUAAAUCAGGCGGCCGAGCAAAGUUUCGAAGCAUGGAGUGGCUCAGAGCCGUCGCCGGAGUCGGGAGCACCGGCGAUAUCCCUCCACGACAAGUCAUUCCCCGAACUGCUGGCUUUCCACCUAGGUCGCUUUGCGCAGCACCAGACGAGGCUCGGCGUCACCCUUACGGAUAAGAUGUUCCAGGACGAAGCGAGAAGGUUACAAUUUGGCAACGUGGACCCGCUGGAUGAUACUAUUGCUGACAACGAGGAGUGGCUAUCUCUCUUUCGCAGGCAACAUCUUGAGGACUCUAGUAGACUAUCAGGAUAG